AUGGCAGCGGCUGCGUCGGCAACUAGUGUUUCAGCACGUCUCACUCGAGUCUUCAAUGAAGAAUUGUCUUGUCCUGUUUGUCUGGAAGAACUCAAAGAACCAAAAUGUCUUCCUAGCUGUGCUCAUAAUGUCUGCAAAGCUUGCCUAGAGAACAUGGCUCGUGUGAAUCCUGAAAUUAUCCGUUGCCCGACAUGUAGGAGAGUUUCACAAGUUCCUCCCGGAGGUGUAAAUGACCUUCCAACAAACAAUGUCCUACUAAAAUUCUUGGAGAUAACUCCAGGCAGACAACAACGAUUGGAAAUUCAGAGAUCCGUGGACAAUAGCAAGCCCGUGAUCAACGAAAUGCAGACAAGGAUAACAAUUCUAGACCAAGCUUUAGAUAUCUUAGAAACUGAUUGGAAGAAAGCCAAAGAAGAUAUUCAUUUAACCGCCAACAUUGUGGUAGAGAUGGUUCGAAACCAGGAGAGCAGUCUUUGCGAGGAUAUUGAAGAUUUUUACGGGAAGAAGCACAAGAUGCUACAGAAUCAGAGACAGAACUUGAGCAGUUUACUAGCAAGUUCUUCCGCUUGUCUUGAGACAGCUGAAGGAAUUCUUCUGAAAGGAGAUGUUGACGAAUUGACUGAGAUGGCAGAUGUUCUCACCCAACAACUGAAAGAAGUAAGCCAGAUGAAUUUUGAAGAUGCUGGAGAGCUUAAACAGAAAUGUAAGGAGCAGCUAGAGUUUCACCCAAACCACGAGUUACAAAUCAACCUUGAAAAACAAUGCAUUGGUGUGGUGCGGAGAAAAAUGAGUGAUAAAAUUCCUACCAGCCCCUUAGGUGUCUCUGACAUCAGCUCUAUCGGUAAGGUCAUUAAGAAAAUUGGACGGAAGGGUUCCAGGAGGGGUAAGUUCAAAAAUCCUGGGGGCAUUGCUUCAAAUGCACAUGGAGAACUGGCUGUGGCUGAUUAUUUUAACAACAGAGUGGAAGUAUUUGAUGAAACAGGAAAGUUCUUGUUCACAUUUGGCAAAAAAGGGGAUGGCGAGGGUCAAUUUUUGGGUCCAACUGGGAUAGCAUACACCAGAAGUAACAAAAUCCUUGUUAUGGACAGCAGGAAUUUUAGAGUACAAGUGUUUGACAAAAGUGGCCAUUUCCUUGCAACUUUUGGCAAGAAAGGCUUCAAUCAGGGAGAAUUUGGAUGGGCAGAGGGUAUUGCAGUUGAUGAAAAUGACAAUGUGAUUGUCACAGAUACAGAGAACAAUCGUGUUCAGAUAUUUUUGCUGGAUGGAACAUUUGUUCAUCAGUUUGGUGGGCAUGGCCCUGAAGGCUUUGACACGCCGUUGGGCACUGUCUACCACAAGGAAGAGUUCUACACAUCGGAUAAAGGUAACAACUGUGUAAAAGUAUUUGAUCGCAAUGGUGUUUAUGUUCGACAGUUUGGAAGGGUUGGACCUGGAACUGGUGAAUUUAGGUGCCCAAGAGGAAUUGCAGUGGACAGAGCAAAUGACUGCAUUCUGGUCUGUGACAGUGAAAACAACUGUGUCCAUGUAUUUAAACUGGAUGGUACGUAUGUUGUAAAUUUUGAAACAAAGAAGACACCUGUCGGAAUUGAUCUACUGAAAGGAAAGAAGUUAGCUGUAUCAUCAUAUUAUGGCCACUGUGUCCAGAUUCUGUCAUACAGAUGA